CGCAAGGACAAUAAUUGAAGAAAAUGAAGUAAGUGAUAAAGUGAAAUAGAUCUCUUUUCGAAAAGUUUUACGCAAGUUGGGAAAUAUAGGCUAAAUAAAAAAAUGUACAGUUAACAUUUUUUAAUGAUCCAUUUUUAAAGAUUCGUGUACGUUUUCGGUAUUUUUUUCCUUCAAGUUAUGAAUUCGUGUCGUGCUCGAAAGUGAAAAAAAGGCAUGGACGAAAGGCCAAACUUUAACGGGGCUAAAAAACGGUCUCGAAAUCGGGAACAGUGAAAAAUGUAGGUAAAGAACGAUAAAGCGACGUGGAAGAACGUGGAGUCCUGCGGACGUUAUUCUGGGGAAUCGCCGUGGUCCGGCGUAGCCUCUGAUCUCUUAUCAUAGUAUCGUUCUAGUACCAAGAUGCUGGACAUAUUUCGUGGUCUGAAGAGUCUCAUAAAAAUCUCGCACAUCCAUAUCGACAGCGCCGUCUUCCGCUUGCAUUACAGCCUGACUGUGAUCCUGCUGAUAGCGUUCUCCCUGAUUGUCACAACCCGUCAGUACGUCGGCAAUCCCAUCGAUUGUAUACAUAGCAAGGACCUGCCCGAAGAUGUUCUGAACACUUACUGCUGGAUACACAGCACUUACACGAUCACCGCGGCGUACCGAAAAAGAGAAGGUUUGGAGGUACCCUUUCCCGGCGUCGAUAAUUCCAAAUCGUAUUCCGAAACUGAGCGAAAGGAGUACAAAUACUAUCAGUGGGUCUGCUUCAUGCUGUUUCUGCAGGCGAUCCUCUUCUAUACCCCGCGCUGGCUUUGGAAGGGCUGGGAGGGUGGCAAGAUUCAUGCCCUUAUGAUGGAUCUCGACAUCGGGCUCUGCUCCGAGGUGGAGAAAAAGCAAAAGAAGAAAAUGCUGCUCGACUACCUCUGGGAGAACCUUCGCUUUCACAAUUGGUGGGCUUACAGGUACUACCUAUGCGAGGUCCUCGCGCUCCUAAAUGUGAUCGGUCAGAUGUUUCUGAUGAACCGUUUCUUCGAUGGCGCCUUUUUGACCUUUGGCAUCGACGUACUUAGAUUCCUCGAAUCCGAUCAAGAAGACCGAGUGGACCCGAUGAUUUAUGUCUUUCCACGAAUGACCAAAUGCACCUUUUACAAGUACGGCGUCAGCGGAGAAGUCGAGAGACAUGACGCCGUCUGUAUACUGCCUUUGAAUGUCGUGAACGAGAAGAUCUAUGUCUUUCUGUGGUUCUGGUUCCUUUUCCUCGGCGUGCUCAGUUUCUUUACGGUUUUAUAUAGGAUCCUAAUAAUAUUUUCGCCGCGCACGAGGGUCUACCUGUUGCGAAUGAGGUUUCGUUUGGUACGAAGGGAUGCUGUAGAGACCAUAGUGCGUCGCAGUAAGGUCGGUGAUUGGUUUCUUCUCUACAUGCUGGGCGAGAAUUUGGACACCGUGAUAUACAGAGACGUGAUGCACGAAUUGGCGAACAAGCUCGCCUCGAGGCAUCACCACGGAGUGAAGGGCGAGCUUCAAGAAGCCUGAUCGAGGUUGCCUCGGAGGGACGGUACGUUCGAUUCGCCGCUGCCGCAGUCCUGCCCUCGCUCAUCUGCAUCGCGCGGUCG